CACAACCGGAAGAAAACUGAAACCUACGGCGGUGGUUUCCAUUGUGGGUUUGCUAUUCGCCGAUGCAGUACAAGUGAAGAAUUUUGUUUUUACAGUGACAGUUGUGGAAACAUGAUUGGCCAACACACACACUGUCAAAUCUAGCCAAAGUACAAACACAAGCCACCAUAUACAAAAGUGAUGGAUCACAUUCAGGAUAUCUCAGAACCCAGCAGUCCUCUGUUCAGUCCCCGGGUGGAGCCAGACACUCCUGACUUUUUAAACAAUGCCUGUUUAUUGAAUGAGAGCGAUUUCCUUAUGGAAGACCCUGGAGUUUUUUGUGAUUUGUCAACUAUCGUCCCUGAGACCCCAAGCCCGCUGACUCACCGCAAAAAUCGAAAUGCCCAUAAAAAUUGGAGUGCGGCAACUGCAACAGACUUGAAUAGUGGAAAAUGUGAAAGGCAAGGAAGUAUUCCAGGAUACCUCAGCACAACCCCAAGCUCCCAAAGAACGCUCAAGCGCCGUAAACUGGGGGACUCAAAUCCAAGCACGAGAGUCUGCGGAAACUUCAUUAUGCCAGAAGCGAAUGGAUUUGUACCUGCUUCGUCUCUUUUACCCGAUGAAUUAACAUGGUUGGAGUCUCCACGGCCAGCCACCUCCUCGGCUUAUCAACCCUUUGCAUCUUUCAAACCCUCUUCCUCUGCUGGAUCUUCUACAUGUGCACUUGGUCAAUCCAGUGAUCAGAUGUGUUUAAAUGGGUUGUUGGGUCACACUUCUAAGCAAAAGACAUUAGGUAUAUGCAAUGGAAGGGAACAGAGAUCCGAAAAGACUGUCUAUAGUAAGAGUCGAUCUAAAAAGUCUAAAAGCACAUCACAGGAACAGAAGACAGACUUGCCUGUUUUUGGAGUAGAGGAUGGGGGUUUACAGCUUGAUGCAGAGAGAAUGCAAAGACCACCAACUGCAUCCGCAUGUCAGAUACCAAAAGAUAUAGUCAUAAUAGAGGAUGAUGGUGAUGAUGUCACAUCUGAGUGCAUGGUCCGCUCCAUCCAGAUGGUUGAGGAUGAGGCAUAUGCCAGAAGCCUUCAGGAACAGUUUGAUAUAGAGCAACGCCUGGAGCAAGAGCAGCAAAGGCUACAGCGCAGAUCACCGAGCAGAAAUCACCAGACUGGCAUGGUUGAUCCUUAUGUUGGUCUGGGAUGGAUAUCUCCUUGGGCCUCCCUGAUCAACUCGGCAUCGUUCUCACAGGGAACCUCGGAGUUACAGCAGAUCAUGUUCGGAGAGCAACCUAAUAGACAACAGGGACGACGUCAGACCGGCAGGCCUCGUAAUUCCCGGCGCAGAGGGGGUGCUUCUAACUUGCAAAUGGACUUGCUUGAUGACAGUCAUGGAAAUAAUUAUGAGGCUCUCCUAGCGUUUGAAGAGCAACAGGGUGCUGUGUUGACCAAGAACACUUUGAGUAAAGCAGAGAUCGAAAGGUUGCCUGUAAAAACAUACGAUCCAUCACACAGUGCUGGAAAGACAGACUGCCAGAUCUGUUUCAGCGAAUAUCAGAAGAACGAGCGACUCAGAAUGCUUCCCUGUCUUCAUGACUACCAUGUGAAGUGCAUUGAUCGCUGGCUUAAGGAGAAUGCCACCUGCCCUAUCUGCCGAGCAGAUGUAUCAACAUGUGGUGAAUUUUCUUAAGAACGUACUUCAGAAUUUCAGGUUUUAGUAUCUACCUCAUUGCUGGCUGUGUGAUCCUGUCUGAUUUUUAUAUUGUUACUGUCAAGUCUUAUUUUGAGUGUUAUUAAAAUUAUUCAUUUUAAAUGAUUAACAUUGUUCGAUGUUUAAACCAGCGUCACUGCCAAGCAACUAUACUUCAUUUUUUAAUAUGUUUCUUCUAUAACAUAUCAGAUAUAACCAUAUUAUUUCACACCAGUGGCAACAACCUUAGCAAUAAACCUUGCGUUUUCU